AUGUUUUCAUUAGGGAGCAAUUUCUAUCAAGAUUUCGAAAUAACAUGGGGCGACGGCCUGGCCAAGAUUCUCGAAAACGGGCAACUCUUAACUCUAUCGCUCGAUAAAACCUCCGGCUCGGGCUUCCAAUCCAAGAACGAGUAUUUGUUCGGCAAAAUCGACAUGCAGCUCAAGCUCGUCCCCGGAAAUUCUGCUGGCACCGUCACUGCCUAUUACUUAUCGUCACAAGGGCCUACGCACGACGAGAUAGACUUCGAGUUCUUGGGGAAUUUAAGCGGCGAUCCUUACACUCUUCACACGAACGUUUUUAGCCAAGGGCAAGGAGGCCGGGAACAACAGUUUCAUCUAUGGUUCGACCCAACCGCGGAUUUUCACACAUAUACUAUCCUAUGGAAUGCCCAAAGGAUCAUUUUUUCGGUGGAUGGGAUUGCAAUAAGGGAGUUCAAGAAUUCGGAGUCGGUUGGAGUGGCUUACCCAAAGAGCCAGCCCAUGAGGAUUUACUCGAGCCUCUGGAACGCGGAUGAUUGGGCCACGAGAGGUGGGCUUGUGAAGACGGACUGGACCAAUGCCCCAUUCACUGCCUCGUAUCGUAAUUUCACGGCCGAUGCUUGCGUGCCGGCGUUCGGGUCUUCUUCGUCUUGCAAUUCUGCAGCUUCAAGUGGGUGGCAAACUGAAGAAUUGGAUGCUGCAAGCCAGGGAAGAAUGAAAUGGGUGCAAGAUAAUUAUAUGGUUUAUAAUUAUUGUGCUGAUGCUAAGAGGUUUCCUCAGGGGUUUCCUCCAGAGUGUGCUAUUCAUUAA